AUGUCUCUUGCUUUGAGAAAGACUUUUGGCGUCGCUCGCUUCUCCAUGAGAACCGCCAGCUUCCAGGCUGUGCCGACCAACGCCGGAAAGGUCCCACCAACUCUCGAGCAAUUCGACCCGCUCAACCCAGGAGAGUGGCAACUCGGAGCUGGAGGAAAGAUCUUGCCGCGUCUCCCGGAGGGAACCAAAGUCGGAAACCUUGUCAUGGGAAAGUACGGAUUGUACGACCCAGUUCUCAAGAAGAGAGUCGACACCUACGCCAAUGCUCUUCUCGAAGGAAAGAAGUCCGAGGAGGCGGGACCAUUCGACGCGGCUGUCAGCAGAAUCGCCAAGGUACUCGCCUAUACCUGCUUCGUUAUCGCCAUCUACAACCUGCUCUCGUUGGCCUACGGAAAGCCGCUCCCACCACUCAGCCACGUCAAGGCCCCAGGAUCCUAA